AAUGGAACCUUCUUCUCCCCUCCCCAAAACCCCUAUACCUCUGCCAUCAAUAAAACCUAAUCAAAAACCUCAAGCCAAGGAACUAUGUCCACCACCACCACCACCACCGACGGCGGCAAUCCGACGCCUUUUAUUUAACCCAACGGAACUCGUAUCCACCAUUACCACCGUCCUCAAAAGUUCCAACACCACUACCUCCCCCUUGCACGCUGCCCUCUCUCCCUACCUUCCCUACCUAACCCCACCCGUCAUCCACUCCAUCCUCUCCUCCCCCGCCCUCCACCACCAGCCUUCCGCCUUGCUAUCUUUCCUCAAUUGGGUCCAUUCUCAUUCCACCCUCAAAAGCUUUACCCCCCUACCACUCCCUCCUCUCCUCUCCCUCCUCUCCACCCUCAUUUCCCACCAUAAAUUCGAUGACGCCAAGAGUAUUCUUCAAUCCCAGAUCACUGCCGAACAUCCCCACCACCAGCUCCACCGUCACCUCCUCCACCCCGCUCCGCCUCUUCCGCCGCCGUCGAAAGCCCUUUUAAACACCUGCAUUUUCGCUUAUUGUCGUUCUGGGUGGCCCCACCUCGCUGCACAGAUUUUCAAGAAAAUGAAGCGCCAUAAGCUUCGGCCAAAUUUAUUGACUCUCAACACUUUGCUGAGCUCUCUGGUAAAGAAGAACCCUUCUUCUCGGUCUUCACAGUUUUGUAAAGAAUUGUUUAAUGAUGCAUUGAAGCUUGGUGUGUCGCCUAGUGUGGUUACUUUUAAUAUUUUGAUUAGUGGUUACUGUUUAGAGUAUAAGUUUGGGGAUGCAAUGCAGUUGUUGAGGAAGAUGGAGGACGAUUUUAAGUGUAAACCAGAUAAUGCGAGUUAUAACACUAUAUUGGAUGCCCUGUGUAAGAAGGGGAAGUUGCAUGAUAUUCGUGAUUUAUUGUUGGAUAUGAAGAGCAAGGGUCUUUUUCCUAAUAGGAAUACUUAUAAUAUUUUGGUUGAUGGGUAUUGUAGGAUGGGGUGGUUGAAGGAUGCAGCUAAGGUUGUUGAGUUGAUGACUCAGGAUAAUUUGUUGCCAGAUGUUUGGACGUAUAAUAUGUUGAUUAAUGGGUUGUGUAACACGGGCAGGAUUGAUGAGGCAUUUAGGCUAAGAGAUGAGAUGGAGGGACUGAAGUUGUUACCUGAUGUCAUUACAUAUAACACUUUGAUAAAUGGGUGUUUUGAGGCAAAAAAGAGUUCGGAGGCUUUCAAGUUGGUGAAUGAAAUGAAGGAGAAAGGAGUGCAACCCAAUGAGGUUACUCACAACAUCAUGAUUAAGUGGUAUUGCAAGGAAGGGAGGAUGAAAGAUGCCAGUGAGGUGGUAAGGAGGAUGGAAGAGACUGGAUUUUCACCGGAUUGUGUCACCUACAAUACUUUGAUUAGUGGAUUUUGUAAAGCAGGUGAUUUGGCGGAGGCUUUUAGAAUGAUGAAUCAAAUGGGUGCGAAAGGCUUGAAAAUGGAUACAGUGACGCUCAACACUGCUCUGCACAAUCUAUGCCGGGAAAGAAAGCUUAAUGAUGCAUAUGACUUGCUCAGUUCUGCGAAUAAGAGAGGCUAUAUUGUAGAUGAAGUGAGCUAUGGUACUCUGAUUGUUGGGUAUUUCAAGGAAGAUAAUGCAGAUAGAGCUAUGAAGGUUUGGGAUGAAAUGAAGGAGAAAGAGAUAAUACCUAGUAUUAUCACUUAUAAUUCUGUAAUUGGUGGGCUCUGCAAGUUGGGCAAAACAGAUACGGCAAUUGCUAAGCUGAAUGAACUGUUGGAGAAUGGAUUGGUUCCUGAUGAAACCACAUACAACACCAUUAUACAUGGGUACUGCUGGGAGGGUAACGUGGAGAAAGCAUUUCAAUUCCACAACAAGAUGGUUGAAAAGUCUUUUAAGCCUGAUAUCUAUACUUGCAACAUUCUUCUUCGAGGGUUGUGCAGGGAAGGGAUGCUCGAAAAAGCUAUCAAACUCUUCAACACAUGGAUUUCGAAAGGGAAAAACCUUGAUGCUGUGACAUACAAUACAUUAAUAACAGCCUUAUGCAAGGAAGGAAGACUUGAGGAUGCUUUGGGCCUUGUUGCUGAAAUGGAAGAAAAGAAAUUAGGUCCUGAUAGUUAUACAUUUAACGCCAUUGUUGGUGCUCUUAAUGAUGCUGGAAAAACUAAAGAAGCUGAAGAACUUUUAUCAAAAAUGGUCGAGAGGGAUAAACUGGCUCAAAAUUUGAAGCAGACUGAUGAUAGACAAAGUUUGGUUACUAAUGAACCUUCAGAUGAAUCAGAUUCAAGUACUAUCGCUUAUUCAGAACAGAUUAGUGAGCUCUGUGCUGAAGGGAGAUACAAAGAUGCCAUGCAUAUCUUUAUGGAACAGACUCAGAGGGGUAUAACUGUAAAUAAGUCCACCUACAUUACUUUAAUGAGCGGACUCAUUAAGAGGAGGAAAAGUAUUUUGAAACCUGGUUAAUUGUGUAUUGGUUUGUACUUCCUUUGGCUCCAGGCAGUGAACAUGUUUCACUUCAUCAUUGCAAACGCACUACGUGUAACUUAGUUAAAACGGUCGUGCUCUGCAGUAAUGGUUGUAGCUGCCUAUGUGAGUGCCUCCGUGCUUUCAAAUGUAGCAAAACGAUGAUCUACUUUACCGUGCCAACUCCAGGCUCAGACUUCUACACCUGAAAGAUUCUUUUGGGAACAAUGUCAAUGGACUUGAUGAUCCAGUGCUCAUUCACUGGUUCAGAGUAACCGAGGUAGAAAUGUGAAAAUCUUGUUGGUGAUCCCUUAUGGAGAUUUAAGCAUUGUCUCCAGGUAUUAGGAGCAGCAAAAGAGAGUUGAAGACUGAGGUUGGUUAGCAAUUUCCUGUUCCUGAUUUCUAUUAAUUUGCAGACUUUUUCCAUCUUGUGACAAAUUCAUUUAUCAUGGACAAGAUAAAGGUGUAAUUAUACGCUGUACAUUCAAGUAAAUACUGAAAAGAUAUCAGCCAGGUUGACUAAUGAUUACCUUUUUCCCUCUAUUGGAAACUGUUUUAGUAGGAGUAGUUUAUAAAGAUUUGGUCUUGUGUGUGUGCAGGAAAAAUGCACGCCUUUGUCGAUGCUUCACUAUCAGUGUGACUAUAUGCUACUGAUAUCUUGGAUGUCCUGUGUGAUGUCCUAUUUGGCUUUCAUUCUGAUUUGAUCAUGAAUAACUACCCACAGAUGUCAAAUUUGGCUUUGGUUGUAAUUUGAUCAUGAACAACCAGUAUACAUUGUACUCAAGUAUGACAAAUUGAAAACCAUUGUAACUAAAGCAUUUUAUCUUAAUAUGUUACUUCUCACCAUAAUGAGUCAACUAUCCCAUGUAUUGAUUAGUUUUUUAUUCCAUUGUUUAGGUAGGCCCCUAUUCAUUGUUGUGAUUGUUGUAAAAUUCUGGGUGAUGACCCAGAGCCUGUAUUUUUCAUUGAGUACUUCGUUUGCCUACUCUGGGAUUUGUAGGUGGCACCUUUUUUUGGUGAAACUACUAGAAUCUUAUUGUUAUCUCUGUGCAAAUUUGUGGUGCUCUUAACAUCAUUAUUUCUCUUCUAUCUGUGAGCUCCUCUUGAUGGCUAUACUUUGGUUUCCACCAUGUUUUCAUGUAUUUUCCAAUAACUUCCCUCCUGGAAGAGAGUUGCGGCCUGGACUAAAAGUUGUAAGAGGAUAAAUCAACUGUUUCUCUCGCAAACUGGACAUUCUCAGGAUAUGCAGACAUACGAUUAGGCUGGGAGUGAUCAAGUUGAUGGUUUUGGUACCAACUCUGACAUCGUAGACUGAUGAUGUUUCACCGGCUGUUAUCGCUCUUAGCAAGUGGAUUGAAGGGUUUGGGGAUUGAUCUCUUGUUCUUCUACCUCAUCAACCGGCACAGCGCUAAGGUAGUAAAUGUUGUCAUAUAUCCAUGGA